GAAAGGGAAACCGAUGGGACCGCGAAUCGCUGCCUCUGGCUUUUUAUUUUUCUGCGGACAGGAUUUGUUCACUGGUCCUUCAUCUUUUGUCUGUUGCACGCAUCCCGUUCCCCCAUUUGCUUUCCCACUCCUUGGAUCCAGCCCUCUGGGAAUUCACGCCAGUUCUCUGACCCCGCCGUGAGCCCUCCUGGUCCUGGGGCGGGCCUGGCACGGAGGCGGUAACUAUGGAGAAUAUGGCGGAGGAGGAGCUGCUACCCCAGGAGAAGGAGAAGGUGGAGGUGGUCCAGGUCCAGGUCCCGACCCCGGCCCCGGACUCAGCUCGGGUCCCAGCUCCGGCCCCGGAUACGGCCCCGGCCCCGGACUCGGCUCCAACCCCAGCCCCUGCCCUGGCUCAGGCUCCGGCCCUGUCCCGGUCCCUAGCCUCUGCCCCUGACGAGGCUGAAAGCAAGAGACACAUCUCAAUUCAAAGGCAGCUUGCUGAUCUAGAGAAGUUGGCUUUUGUAACUGAAGCGGACUUUGAUUCGGCCAGUUCAUUGAACUCAGAUAAUCUUGAUGCAGGAAACAAACAGUCUUGUCCAUUGUGCCCUAAGGAAAAAUUCAGAGCUUGUAAUAGCCAUAAGCUUCGUCGUCACCUUCAAAAUUUACACUGGAAGGUCUCAGUUGAAUUUGAAGGUUACAGGAUGUGCAUCUGUCACCUACCUUGUCGACCAGUAAAACCAAACAUUAUUGGAGAACAGAUAUCCAGUAAAAUGGGCGCCCAUUAUCAUUGUAUCAUUUGUUCAGCAACAAUCACCAGAAGAACUGAUAUGCUAGGACAUGUUAGGCGCCAUGUGAAUAAAGGAGAGACUAAAUCAAGGUAUAUUGCUGCUUCUGCUGCUAAACCAUCUAAUGAAAUUUUGAAAGAGGCAGACACAGAUGUACAAGUUUCUCCUAACUAUUCUGUCCCUCAGAAAACAGAUUCCUAUUUUAAUCCCAAAAUGAAACUAAAUCGGCAGCUAAUAUUCUGUACGUUGGCUGCUUUGGCUGAGGAACGAAAACCUUUGGAAUGUCUAGAUGCCUUUGGAGCCACUGGGAUAAUGGGAUUACAAUGGGCAAAACAUCUCGGAAAUGCAGUCAAGGUUACAAUUAAUGACUUGAAUGAAAACUCGGUGACAUUGAUUCAGGAAAACUGCCAUUUAAACAAAUUGAAAGUGGUAGUGGACAGUAAGGAAAAGGAAGAGAGUGAUGAUAUUCUUGAAGAAGGAGAGGAAACCCUUGGUAAUAUUAAGGUGACCAAAAUGGAUGCCAACGUGCUGAUGCAUUUGAGAUCUUUUGAUUUCAUACACCUAGACCCCUUUGGAACAUCAGUGAACUAUCUAGAUUCUGCGUUCAGAAAUAUAAGAAACCUUGGCAUAGUAUCAGUGACUUCUACAGAUAUCAGUUCUUUAUAUGCCAAGGCACAGCAUGUUGCUCGGCGUCACUACGGAUGUAACAUUGUCCGAACUGAAUAUUACAAGGAACUAGCAGCCAGGAUUGUUGUAGCUGCGGUGGCAAGAGCUGCAGCUCGGUGUAACAAAGGCAUAGAAGUACUGUUUGCAGUGGCUCUGGAACAUUUUGUAUUGGUCGUUGUGCGAGUUUUGAGGGGACCUACUUCUGCAGAUGAAACUGCCAAGAAGAUUCAGUAUCUGAUCCAUUGUCAGUGGUGUGAAGAGAGAAUUUUUCAGAAGGACGGUAAUAUGGUAGAAGAAAACCCAUAUAGACAGCUGCCUUGUAACUGUCAUGGAAGCAUGCCUGGAAAGACAGCAAUAGAACUCGGACCCCUAUGGUCAAGUUCCCUGUUCCAUACUGGAUUUCUCAAAAGAAUGCUCUUUGAAUCUCUUCACCAUGGUUUAGACGACAUUCAGACCCUAAUAAAGACUUUAAUCUUUGAGUCAGAGUGUACUCCUCAAAGUCAGUUUUCAGUUCAUGCACCUUCAAAUCUCAACAAGCAAGGAAAAAGAAAAGGUAAUGAAACCACCACAAAUUUAGCAAAGAAGCAAAAGACUGAUGUCAGUUCUGAACACCCUCCCUUCUAUUACAACAUCCACAGACACAGCAUUAAAGGGAUGAAUAUGCCCAAGUUAAAGAAGUUUCUGUGCUAUCUUUCUCAAGCAGGCUUUCGAGUAAGUCGAACUCAUUUUGACCCAAUGGGUGUUCGUACAGAUGCACCUCUGAUGCACUUUAAAUCUAUCCUUUUAAAGUACAGCACCCCCACCUACACUGGAGGACACCCAGAGGGCCAUGUCCAGUCAGCAUCCGAAGAUACAGUAGCUGACAGGGUUGAAAUGUCAGUGAAUGACAAAGCAGAAGCAAGUGGUUGCAGAAGAUGGUAAAUGUAGCCAAGAGUUUAUUCCCAGAUGUCUGUAUAGGUGGCCUGAUAGUUCUCUAUACCAACUGUAGUUCUUUUUCUAUUCUUUCAAUUCAGUGAUGUAAAAAUAAAAGUGCUGUUUUCAUUCAGAAAAUUAGCAGUUUCUAAUUUAGUUGGUUUGGGAGCUGUGCUUUCCAGGUUUUUAUUAUUUUAAAGAAAACUUAAAAUUUUAAUGAAAACAUUCACGUGAAGCCAAGUUUAUGACUGAGAUCACCCUACUUUUUAGUAACUCAGAAAAUUUUCACAUGUAAAGCAUUUCGAAUUUUAUGUAUGUUAUAGAACCAUUCUUUACUAUUCCUAAUCACUUUUCUGCUUCAACUGAGCCUGAAUAGAAUAGGAAGAACAAUGUCCUUUCACGUCACUAACAUAUUUCACAAUUACAAAGCUAAAAUGUGUUCCCAAUUUUAAGAAAUCAUACCUCUCCCCAUGUAGAUCUUUUAAUUACCAGCUUUUGAGAAAUACCUGAUAGAAAUAUAUUUUUAUGUUUAAGGCCUAGAUAACUAAACUUCAGAGUAAGAUUUUGUCUAAGUAAAUUGAGACCAUUGUCCUAAUUAUAAUUGUUCACAAGCAUUGAAAUUCUCGGAGAUUUUGUUAUAAAUUAAACAAAUUGGGUGAUCUCAAGUGCCUCAGUUAAUACACGUACAAUAUUCAUUUGCUUGGUUGUGCUACCUCAGAUAUAAAACUUGUUACUGUCUGAGCUUAUGAAGUGAGGAGUUUGUUUGGGGGAUGUAUUUUUGUUUUAGGUUGUUUUGUGGGUUUUUUCUUUUUGGUGUAUGUGCUAAUUUUUUGCAUAAGUAGCCCAGGCUAAUGUUAACA